GUCAUUGUCAUGUCACAUCAUUUUAUGCUGUCAAUGUCAUUGGGAUAGGUGCAGAAUUUUCGAGUUUCAUUCUAUGAUUAUAGAUAAAUAAUUAACUUUUAUUUUUCCUUUCAUACUAUUGCCUAUUUACUAAUGAUACGUGCCCUAGUGUUGGUGAUUUCGAAAAGUAUAUACUUAAAUGCGAUUGAGGUUGUUUAUUGAUCAUAAUCUGGGCAUUAAUUAUAAUCUAUUGUGAUAGAAGUAUGUGCCAUAAUUACAUGAGACAGAAAUGCCACGGGACAUUUUGAGUGAUAGCUUGGCUGUACUUAGGAUUGUUGAGCAUGAAGACGAAGAGAACUGGCCAUUAGAAGACAAAGCAUCCUGCAAACUGAACAGCAAAAAAGUAACAAAUUCUACACCCAAAGACAAUGGUCAAAAAUUUCCUAAAGAUGAUUGUGCUUGCUAUUACAACUAUGGUCUCGAUGGCUCCGCAAACCGUCAAAACGAUCCCGUAUACCAGUACAAAACCAGUAGUCUGCCCGCCGCCUCAUCUAUCAACCAAUCCUGGGAUAACAUUGUCUGUUCACCCUUACGGAUAGCACCCGAGGAUAUUGCCAACCAGUUGUCGCUCCUAGACCUGCCAUGUUUUAAGUCAAUACGACCAGAGGAGCUCUAUACGUGCGGAUGGACGAAGGCUAAUAAGCUCACUGUUGCGCCAAAUGUUGUGGCUUUCACUAAAAGAUUUAAUAGGGUGAGCUUUUGGACAGUACAAGAAAUACUCAAUGGACAGACGCCUAAGGCCCGAGGGGAAACUUUAGCCCAUUUCAUAAAAGUAGCUAAGAAAUUAUAUGAGCUUAACAAUCUUCACUCGCUCUUCGCAGUUAUCUCAGCUUUACAUAGUGCCAGUAUAUACAGGUUGUCAAAAACGUGGGCUUGCCUGUCAAAGAAGGACAGACAACAGUUCGACAAACUAGCAGAGUUAUUCGGCGAGAAAGACAACUGGACAGCAUUACGCGAGUACAUGAGAUCUAUUUCAUUGCCUUGCAUACCUUAUCUUGGUAUAUUCCUCACAGACCUGGUGUACAUAGACAUGGCUCACCCAGCCGGUUCACCUCAUCGCACCGCAAAGAUGGCGGUGGUAUUGAAAGCCCUAGAGCGUUAUCAAACUUCCGAAUAUGAAAUCGCGCCCGUUCCCCACGUCGCCGUUUAUCUCAACAGCGUACGUUAUAUUGAAGAACUUCAGAAGUUCCUGGAAGAUGAUCAGUAUAAGUUGUCACUAAAACUGGAGCCGCCCUCACCGACAGGAAGUUGCGCAGGAUCCAAGGAAUCUGUUAAGGAUUCCUCAGCCCAGGGCACUGGUACCUCGUUCUCGCUGUCACCUUCGCAUCGCUUGGAUUCAGGGUCACUCCGUCUCCAAGGGUCCUUUACACAGACCAAAUUUAUACCCACGCACCGAAAAUGUCGCUCACUUGGAUCCAAGUUUCGAAGCGCGAGCUUACCAAGAAAUUUUCACAAGGUCAAUUUUGGUGUGGGUAUAUUUGGGAAAAGUCACAGCGAAGACAAAGAUGGGAAGACGCCGGCAGGUUCCGUGAAUUUGUUGGACGACACCCUGCUGGAGUCCCCAGUCUCUGUUGCCGGUGCUAAGAUGUCCCAGUCUUUGCCUUACAGCGAUGUACUGUCAGUUAUAGAACCAGUGGAGUGUGAUUUCCAAAGUUACGUGAGAAGAAAAACUAUAAUAAAGGACGGCAGGAAGAUAUCGCUCUCGUCUUGGCAGCGUUAUUGGUUGCAGAUGUCUUCGAAUAUCCUCAUUUUCUAUGGAUCGAAGACAUUCAAAGGGACAAGUCGAGGCGACUUCAGCAAAGACCGGUGCAAGGUGCUAGCUCUACACGACGGUUGGCGCGCCGUGUGGCUCCAAACGGACGCCUCAGACGCGUUCCAGAUGAUCGACCACCGCUGUGGGACCGUUUACAAGUUCAAGACUGGGUGCGAGGCCACAGCGAAACAGUGGACGGCGAAGAUAAAUGACGUCACUAUAAAAAUGGUCAAACCACUGCCCGCCAAUCUCAUGUCGUUCGAAUAACUCAUAGAAUCUAUUGUACUAUGUACGUAACGAGUGAUCUGAUAUUAUAUGUAUGCAUGCAUGUUUAACUUUAUUAUCUGAAUUAAAAUAAAUUUAAGCAUAUCUUAAUGCUGUCAAUUACACAGGUCUGCAUUUUUUUUCAUAGUUUUUCGAGUUAUUUGUAAAUUAUUUUUAAUAUUUACGAGCGUUCCCUGCGUAGUCUAUGUAUAAAUGCAAGAUGUGAUCGUUUUGAAAUGUUAUUCAUAGACGCUCAUGUGCUGACAAGAACACUGUGUCAAAGUGUGCGUACAGAUUAAAAUAAUUUACCUUUACCGUUUAAAAGUAUCAUUGAAUACAAAAAAUUUAAAAUGUUUUUAACUGACAGGUUAAAAUAAUUAAAAUAUACGUACGUAUACCGUGUUCCUUAUAUAUUUCACCGUUAAAUUGUAAAAUACGUUAGUUUAUAAUCUCACUCGCGAUAUUGUAAUCUGUCGAUAUAUUGUGAAAUUAACAUACUGAUUACAAUUUAACGUGUUAUUUUUCGGUAUACUUUAACGAAGUGAAUCGUUUUUUUUCAUUUUUCAUUUUCAUAUCGAAGUGAAACCGUUGAUUUGCAAUCUUAAAACGUUAUCUGUCUCAACUUGCCCCUGAUUGGUCGGCCUGUGUCCAUAGACCGUUCUGUUUCCAUAGAGUUAGAAAUGAAACAUUUGUCCAUUGUAAUUUUUUACUAUUUUUAUUUUUGUAACUCUAUGGUAAAUUCAUCCUGAUUGACAAUUUAACGGUUUCAUUUCGAUAGAUUAUAAUAUACCGAAAAAAAACACUUUAAAUUGUAAUCAGUAUGUUCAGUUCACAAUAUAUCGACAGAUUACAAUAUCGCGAAUGAGAUUAUAAAGUAACGUAUUUUACAAUUUAACGGUAACAUAUAUACGCGUAGAGUUCAAAAAAACUUUACAGUCGCAGACUUGUGUAAUAGGUUAAAUUUUUGCUGAAGAGGCUUGUGUGCUGUUUUCUAUAGGAAGUGCGAAUAUUAUAUAAUAAGUAUCAUUAUUGUACAACACGGAAACUUCGAACAGAACAAAACAUUGUAAGCUUACAAUGAACUCACGUAUAUAAUUCUCAUAGAAUAACAUAAAGGUGUUCGAAGAUUUUGUAUGGGCGGUGGCCUAUGACCAGCAACAACUUUGUGUUUUUUUUUAAAUUGCUAUAGCAUGUUGAGUCCUUUAUAAAUCGAUAGAGUGUAUAAUAGUAGAUUAUGAAACGUUUGCAUAAUGAGUGUCAUUGAAGCACUAGAGGCACGAGAGUUUUGUAGAAACAUAUUUAAUUUUUUUUUGAAACUAUAUAAUUCUUAUUAUAAAUAUGUUUAUAAAUCUUAAUUUUACAUAUAUUACCUUUUUAAGAACACAUGAAUAUAUACUGAUUUCGUAAUAAGUUAUUAUAACUUUAACACUAAAAAUAAUCAAAUUACCUAUUUUUCUAUAUUUUUACUUCUACAGCACAAUGAUGUAUUAUUGUUAAAUCGUCUAAGAAUACUCUUUCCAUUUAUAUAGGUCUUAAACUGCGACAUAAUUUCCGUAAAAUUACCAAUGAUCGGCCAUAUUCUCAUACUAAUCUUCGAACACCUUUAUGGAAAAAUAUAUCUCUAUUGUUAUAAAUUAAAGUUUGUAUGUUUAUCCUUAUGUGUUCCUAAAACAUUCAUCUCAAUGCGAUGAAUUUGGUAAACUGUUUUGCGAAGAUCCCUUGGCACUAAAAAAGGGAUAUGUUCCUUUUUUUCAGGUACAGCUAGUAUGUUAUAAUUAUAAUAGUUAUAUUAUGUAAUGUAAUAAUUACAAAAAGUUUAAAUUAACUUUAAACGAUUUUGAAUAAAACAUUUUGUUUAUAAUUAAAACAUUAUUCAUUGUGAUAUUUUGGUGUCACCAUAUGUUACUUGAAUUAUAAUUUUGAAAUGAGCCAUUAUCGUAAAAAAAAAUUAAUCACUUCUCAAAUUUCUUGCCUUGCCAUGUUUUGGAAAAUAAUACUCAAUUUAAAGGGUAUUAUAAAGUUGUACUCUUAAUGAUCUCGGCAUCAAUAUCAAAAAUGGCUAAGUCAUUAUAUCUUAAUUAGUAAUUUAAGGUAAAGCCACAUUUUUUUGUUUUUGUUAUCACAUUUUAUAUCGGUGGCUAUUCGUGUGUGCUUAAUUUGUACAAUGCACAUGUAACUUAACUGUCUCGACAACUAAGAGUCUCAUUGUCAUUAAUAAGUUAUAGUUAUUAUAUAAAUUGGUGUUUCAAGAAUUAAGUUUACGUUUUUCGUUUUAGAAGUUUCAAGUUUUACUACACGAAUAGGCGCCGAUACACUAUCGCCACACUAUUUAAUAUAUUAUUACUAACCCAAAAAUUAUAGAUAUCCCCUGCAGCAUACAAUUAUAAUAGUUUUUACCUUAAUGAUGUUGCAAUAGUUUUCUAUUAUAUUUGAAUAUAGUUGAGAGAUUUUUUGUUUAAACUUCUAAAAAAUUUACGAACGUCUCUUGUCCACAAGGUUUAGCCCAGUUCAUGAACAAAUAAAUAUGAAAGUUUUGAAAAUAAUUACCGCAUUAAUUUAAUGUAACUAUCGGUGUACUAUCGGGUAAGUUUCACUUGUAGGUUCACUAAAUAAGAUUGGUUCACUUUGUAAUUUAGCCAUAACUGUCUUCAACGAUUUAGAUCUUCAAACCCCUGACGUGAAUUACUACUUUUAUUUAUAUUUGUAAUGUGAUUUUGUUGUUGACCCAAACAAAAAGUUAUGCGCGAACACGCAGAUUAAAAAAAAUAGACGGUCGAAUUGAGAAACCUCAUCCUUUUUUUGAAGUCUGUUAAAAAUACCUUGAAAUGAAAAUACCUCACAAGGUAUUUUUGUUUGGGUCGGUGGUCACCUAUUUCGGUGUAUACAAUCGGAUGUGGAACAUAUUCUACCUCCGAUUGAUGCACCGAAAUAGGCGUAUCCAAACUGGACUGAAACAUUAAUGCGAUCAAAAAUAAUUUAACUAUAUCUUGUGUGACGUCAUUGCAUAAAUAGUCUCAACGUAUAUAUCGAUUCUCGUAGCUUACAUUCUGAAAAUAUACAUUAUAUUAUUUUGUUUACAUCUGAAAACCCAGAAAUAUUAAUGAACCGCGAACAAAUCAUCUUAUGGCCUAAGAUUGUCAAAAAUUUUAGGUUAGUAACAAUAGACAAUUUAAAAAAAAAUCUGUCUUCUGUUUCUUACUUGACAAUGUACUCUUACAGAAUUUAUUAGUUAGUUUUGUUUGCAAUUAUUAUUAUUUAGAGCGUGUCGGGGAUUGUUCAUUAUUAUUUUUUUACUUUUUUACAUUUGUGCUUGCUUUAUUUUAGGUGUAACAAAGCUCGAAUCCACCGACGUACUAACAGAUUUUUUUGUUUUUUUUUUCUAAAAAUAGUUAACUGUUAAGACCAUACUGUUGUACGUAUGCGUGUACCUACUUUUAGUUGUAGGUAAUAGUAUCUUAAGGGAAUUUGUUAUUUUUAUUAUUAAGUAACAAACUAUACUCAAUAAAAUAUCUUUUGACCGAUG